AUGGUCCGUCGAAAAAGUUUAAAAGUGCAGGAAAUGGAAUCUCGACUUGCUGAAGCAGUAUUAGGAGUUCAAAAUGGAAAGUAUAAGUCUUCAUAUGAAGCUGCAAAAGAACUGGGGCUUUCUAAAGAUACUGUGACGCGAUGCGUCAAAGGAGUUGUUAUUGGCCGUCGAAUUGAAUCUGUAAGAAUGGAUGGUGCAACCAGGGAAACAUGUAGUACUUGGUUUGACGCGUAUCAAAAAGCGAUUCAGGAUUAUGGAAUUGAGAAGAAAGACGAAUACAAUAUGGAUGAAUCUGGACAUUCAAUUGGGACAAUGGAAUCAACCCGAAUUAUUAUCGAUUCUACACUUCGUACAAAACAUCAAGCACAUCCAGGCUGUCAAGAGUGGAUUUCAAUGGUAGAGUGUAUUUGUGUGGAUGGAUCCAUUCUUCCACCACUCGGGAUUUUUAAAGGUAAAAACGUCCUUCAAAAUUGGAUUCCGAAGGAAGUUCUUGGUAGUUGGUUCUUUUCAGCAAAUACAAAGGGCUGGACAAGCAAUCUUCAUGGAUUAGAAUGGCUAAAACGCGUUUUCGAACCUGCAACUUGUGCAAAAGCAGAUGGCAAAUAUCGGCUUCUCAUCUGUGAUGGCCACGAUUCUCAUAUUAGUGGAAACUUUAUAGCUCACUGCCUUCAAAAUCGAAUUGUACUUCUUAUACUUCCUCCUCAUACCUCGCAUUUGCUUCAGCCACUUGAUGUUGCGGUUUUCGGUCCAUUGAAAAAACGGCUCACCGCAGCACUUUCUGAUUUGAAUCAAGCUCAACUUGUACAAAUACAAAAGAUUGAAUGGAUGGAGGCAUAUAUUAAAGCUCGAGCCGAUGUAUGCCAUCAUCAAAAUAUCGAAUCGGCAUGGCGGGGAGCUGGGUUACAUCCAUUUAAUCCACAGAGAGUGUUCCGUACACUGGGUCGAGAGUUUACCCCCGAAAUCGAAAUAUCCAAAGAACCAACCCAAUUUGAUAUUUUUAAUCAAGUCUUUGUCAAUAGCUCACCCCCGGAUGUAGCAAUCUUACAAAUAGCAAAUAACCUUUUAAAUUCAACAAUUGAAAAUGAUACAACUCUUUCAACCCCGAUUCAUCAAUACAUUCGAAAAUUGACGAUUAGGAGUGAGCAACUUCGAGCUCAAAGUAUUGUUCACCAACACGAUGCGAAUAAUUUACGAGCUAUUAUGAAGAAACGUACGAUACGGAAAGGGAAAGUAAUUGAAUAUGAGACUGAAACUGAAGAGGAUAUUGGAGAAGAAGUUGAAGAUGAAUCUGAAAGUGAUAUUGGAGAUUUAAUCAUGGAAGCAUGA